GGAGCACGUGCCAGAACCCAGUAGUAAUCCCCCGCCCAACCUAAGAAUUUGGUGCGGGUGACUGAGUUGCAAGACCCUUCCCUUUUCUUACACAAAGGGUUCAAGGUUUGUGGGUUUUGAGUGUUUAUUUGUUUCUUUUGGUCGGGCAACGUACUCCGAAUAUUGUGCCUUGUCUGCCUCUGAUUUGUCGGGAAGGGAUCUGUACUCACUCCAUUCUCGUUCGACGAAGCAAAUCCGUCGAGCCUCUGUGGUACAGCGCUGUGUUCUCUCGGUGAACACCUAGGUAGCCAACCACAGCUCGGCCCGACGAAAGACAAAGAAAAAAAGCAGAUACUUGCAGCCCGCUGAAGGCAGCUUGCCACCGGAGGCUGUCAUUGGUCUGUCUGGCUUGUUGCCACAACUGAAGCAAGAUUCAACGUCGUAACUACGGUAGAAUUGUCGAGAUGGCCAAAUCACCUGAACCCAAUGACACCAUCACGACAAGGUACCACUAUUCCCCGCCAUGGGCCGAUUUGAGCAUCAUUGGGGUUGCUGGCAGCUCCGGCUCAGGCAAAUCUAGCAUUUCAGAUGCGAUUGUUAGAAAGCUUAACCUGCCGUGGGUUGUCAUCCUUUCAAUGGACUCCUUCUAUAAAAGUCUCGACGCCGAAUCUUCCAAAAAAGCAUUCGCAAAUGAGUAUGACUUUGACGCGCCCGAUGCCAUUGACUUUGACGCUCUUGUCAAUCUAUUACGUGAUCUGAAGGCUGGCAAGCGAGCAGAAAUACCCGUGUAUUCAUUCGUGAAACAUCAGCGCAUGGAGGAGACCACCUCAAUCUACUCCCCCCACGUCCUAAUCCUUGAGGGCAUUUUUGCCCUGUAUGACCCUAGAGUGCUGGACCUUUUGGAUAUGAGAAUUUUCUGCGAAGAAGACGCAGAUGUGUGCCUCACCCGUCGUAUUAUCCGAGACGUUCGAGACAGAGGGCGAGAUGUAGAAGGCAUCAUCAAACAGUGGCUGGCCUUCGUGAAGCCAAACUUUGUCAAGUUCGUGGAUCCGCAAAGAAAAGUGGCGGAUAUUAUCGUUCCUCGCGGCGUUGAGAACAAGGUUGCUAUAACCAUGAUGGUUCAGUACAUUGAGCAAAAGCUACUGGAGAAGUCCAAACAGCAUCGAGCAGCCCUGAGCAGACUACAGCUGGAGUCUUUGGAGAUACCGCUGUCCAGCAAGGUCAUCUUUAUUGAGCAGACCCCGCAGCUGCGCGGCAUAGAUACUAUUUUGCACGACAUAGACACUACCAGCGAGGACUUUAUCUUCUAUUUUGAUCGACUUUCCGCCCUUCUCAUUGAACUAGCCCUCAACCAUGUCAGGUUCGAGUCGACCGCGAUCACCACCCCUCAGGGCUACACUUACAAUGGCCUCCGCCGCGCACAGGGCGACGUCUCUGCAAUUGUGUUGGAGCGCGGCGGUGCCGCACUCGAGGUGGGACUCAAGCGCGUGAUUCCUGACUGCAAGACGGGCCACAUCGUGAUCGAGUCCAACGUCAGAACGGGCGAGCCCGAGCUCAAGUACCAGAAGCUGCCGCGCGACAUUCAGACCCACGGGAGCGUGCUUCUGCUCGACUGCCACAUGUCAUCGGGCGGGUCCGCCCUGAUGGCGGUCCAGGUCCUGCUGGACCAUGGGGUGACGCAGGAUCGCAUCGUCCUGGCGACCUACUCGGCUGGCCGCAUGGGCCUGCAUCGGCUGACGACCGUGUUUCCGGACAUCACGGUUGUGGCAUGCAAGCUUGUGCAGGACAUCGAGGAACGCUGGAUCGAGAAGAGAUACUUCAGGUGCUGAGCUGCGUCAUUGGUUGUCAAGCAUGUAUCAGCACUUGGAACGAGUUUAUUCCAUAUAUACAAUACUGAGCAGUGCAAUGAUAAGUACCUAUGCGUCGGUGGCAUUCAAGCGGUAGGUUUUGUUGUUAUUUAACUUGGUCUUGGUCAUGUCAUAGUGGAGCAGGAUGUAGUAUAUUUCGAAAGUAAAUCAACGAAACAACAAACAAAAGAAACCGCUACCGAAACCUCCAAAUAUUAAUUCCUGCGCACCAAGACGUUUGAAG